AUGAGGCUUUGGGAUUUAAUGUGUGAUUCUCAUCAUUCAUUGUUUCCAGUCGCUGUAGAGGGAAAGCACUCAAGCACCGCACUGAAGGAUAUGAUGACGAAGUUUGUUGGCGGUGGAGUGGGCACAAUACAUACGAAGGAAUACCAAUACAAAAUCUUGAAGCUGGGAAUUUGGUUUGGAAGCGGUGCAAAGCCAAUAAAAUUUAUGGGACCACUGUUCUAUGAGCAUAUCACCGCAGCAAGAAAUGGGCAGCUUGAAGGGCUUGAGGGCGCGUUGAACUGGCUUACUUAUUGGCAUGCAUUGUACCACACUCAACGUGUAAAGUGA